ACAAGUAGGCGACACAACAGCAGUGUAGAAAACCGAUAAGCCAGAUAUCAUUUGUAGUAUAUUGUUUCGCACAUAGCUAAGUUUUGGUAGGAAGCUAAAGUUUGCUGGGUCGGUGUCCUCGUUAUACUGUUAACUAUUACUAAGCUAACGUUAGCUAGUUAUGUGUAGGUGAAGUUAUCCUGGAACUAAUCGUUCAACUAACCAUAUUACUCGACUAAUAUUUUGUCUGUGGAUAUGCUACUGAGCUAGUUCGUUGCUGUCUAUCAAAUAUUAAUGUCCUGCGACAAUGCUAGUCGCUCGUGUCCUCGUAUCAUUCAAAAUGUGUAGUUGAUGUCAACUGUGACAAGUUGUCACAACCCUCUAGCUUCAUAAUACCAGCUGAUUAUUGGGGUCGGACUAGCGAGUCAUUAAAUGCCAUUGUGACAUAUGGCUAAGUUUACGACUCUACUCAAUUGCUACCUUUGCACUCAUUACAGUUAGGAUACUGUAGCUGAAUGACUUGUAUCCCAGUCCUUCUGAAUGUGGUGCAGGACAUGACCACACAAUAUACUGCAAAGACUGUAAUAAAAUGUGAUUAGCAUGUUCUAUAAAGGGAAACCGUUUUUCUUCCACAUAUAAACUAGGUGCUGAGUGAACGCAGACAGAAAAAAAACUUUUGGGUGCUGUGUUCUAAGUCUGGAAACAAUGUAUUCAGAAAGUUUUCAGAACUGUAUUCGCCUCAAAGUGACGAAAUAAAAACGUAGAAAAUAUGUUAAUUAAGAAAACUUCAAUAUCACAUUAACCUUGUUUUAUUAGAGGUGUGUCACCUGGGAUAUAUUUCCAGGCUUAUACAUAGAUGUUUGUAUUUAAUUUACAAACUGUCGGUGGAAUAAAUCACGAGUCUGGGUGGGGAUCCCCUUGGCAGGUUGAACGUCUUUGCCAACUGCAGUAGUCUAUAUUGUCUAUUUUCUGGUCACUCACUCUUGUAGCUUUCAGGCGAUGAGAGGACUUGGUUUGCUCAGGUUAGAGAAAUUUUUUCUCAUAGUCUGAUAUGAGGAACCUCCUUCUGCCUGCCAUCUGGGCCAUAAACCCGUUAUCAUUGGAGUACUGCAGUGAUGAGCGUCCUUCUGAAGGUUCUCUCAUCUCCACACAGAAUUUCAGUAUGGCUGAGAUUUAGAGGCAGAUGUGAACCAAGUGAAAGCCCUGCCAUCAAUCCCCAGCACAUCCAUGUGUAUAAUUUUCUUCAAGUUUGACCCCCGGCCUGCAUCCAAAAAUGCCUACAGGCUAAUUUUGGCUGCAAACAGAGAUGAGUUCUACAACAGGCCAUCCAAAGCUGCAGACUUCUGGGGGGCCAGCAAUGAGAUCCUCAGUGGCCUGGACUUGGAGCUAGGGAAGGAAGGGGGGUCAUGGCUGGGGAUCAGCAAGAGGGGCAAGCUGGCUGCCAUCACCAACUACAUGGAGGGACGUCCUAACGCUGAUGCACAAGGACGAGGAUUUCUAGUGUCUCACUAUUUAAUGGACAAGGAUCAGGACAGCUACUCCUACCUGAAGAAGGUGUCGUCAGAAGGCCACCUGUACAAUGGGUUUAACCUCAUCACAGCUGAGUUCAAAGCUAAACAAGACAUUGUGUGUUACUAUGGAAACAGAGGCAGCCCUGAACCCAUCCAUCUAAAUCCAGCAGGAAUCUACAGCUUGAGCAACUCGCUGCUGGAUACUCCAUGGAAGAAACUGCUGAAAGGCAAGCAACACUUCACCAGCGUCGUCAGCGACCAAACGCUCUCUUGUGAUGGGCUGGUGCAAGAGCUGCUCAGUGUCCUUAAUAAUGAGGAGCUGAACACACCUGAUCCAAUUCAGGAGACUCAGGGUGAUGGUUAUAGCAAGUCCAUGAUCCAGGCUCUGUCAGCCGUGUGUGUUCGCUCCCCUCAUUAUGGAACAAGAACCAAUACAAUUAUCCUGAUAGAUGCAGAAGGGAAUGUGAUCUUCACAGAGCGCACCAUGCUUGACUGUGACACAACCAAAUGGAGCACCAGUUCUUUCCAGUUCAAACUGCAGGAGUGAAGACACAAUGGAGGAAACCUACUCUGUGCCUUUCUGCAUCAUCUCUCCUUCCGUUACCUUUUCCUCACCAUCUCCUUCAGCUGAGCCUCAUGUGACCGCAAAGACUCAUCAGCACUUUUUUUAUUCAGCUAGUCACUAGCUGCCUCGUUAACAUCAGUUUCAUAUAUUUCUUACUUUUGAUUUAAUUUAAAGAUGUGUGCUAAUUUUUUAAAAAAAAGCAAAGAUGCCAAAGGACAUUUAGAGUUUUGUAGAGGAAAAUAUUUUACCUACAUGUCAUGAACCUUCUCAAAAAUUAUAGAUUGAAUGUAAUUUGGUAAAUAUAAGAUUGGUGUGAUGCUAUUUUCUGUCAUGAACGCUAGACAUUGUGGCCCUUUCACACAUAUGGCAAAAGACAGGAGAUGAUCUGUGUUAGGCACAUUACAUGCAGUACGUUACGACUGGUUCUGACAUUAGUGGUUUUAAAUACAGCUUGUCUGGGUGAAGUGUAGAAAAGCUCGUCUGCGGUGCAUGAAUACAUGCUUUUUGGUGUCCGAUGUAACCUUCCAUCCAUGAUUUACAUUUUAUGCUCUAUUUUCAGGCUGCAGGCUAAAAUGGCAUUCUAUGACAAGUCCUAGGGUCACAUAUAUUUUUCUAGAAGACUUAAGUUCACACGAGUCAUCACCAGGAUUACUGGCUACUUUGUAAGUUUCUGAUUACCCUUUCAUUGGUGUUUAGGUAAUUUUGCGUCACAGCAUCAAAUGUUUCAAUGCACUGUUAAAUGCACUGGAUCUUGAAAAAACAGCCUGAAAAUAAAUAACAGUUUAUCCAAA